UAUAUAAAGGGGCGGGUGGGCGUGGCUAUGCAAAUGAGUCCCUGGGUAGAGAGUGUGAGCUCAGAGUGUGUGUGAGAGUUGUGUGUGAGAGCUGUGUGUGAGAGCUGUGUGUGAGAGAGUUAUGAGGUGACACUGACCGCUUUACUCAGCUUCAGUGGUCUUACAGGAUUUCCGGUGUUGGACAUGCCACCCCAAAUGGACUAUUCCUACCAAGAGGCCCGAAUUCCGCCCGUUUGUGUGGACCAGGGGCACGAGCACGCGCGCGCGCGCACGCCGGAGUCGGACCAGGAGCCGGUGAUCAGCUGCAUGCUGGUGGGAGAUGGAGCUGUUGGUAAAACCAGUAUGAUCAUCAGCUACACCAACAACGGGUAUCCCACUGACUACAAACAGACCGCUUUCGAUGUGUUUUCAGGACAAGUCCAGGUGGAUGGAGCACCUGUGCGGAUCCAGCUCGUGGACACAGCUGGACAGGAGGAGUUUGACGGCUUCCGCUCGCUGUCGUACGCCCACACGGACGUCUUCCUGCUGUGCUUCAGCGUGGUCAAUCCGACAUCCUUCCAAAACAUCACCAAGAAAUGGAUCCCGGAGAUUCGCUCGUGCAACCCUACGUCUCCCAUCAUCCUGGUCGGGACUCAGUCGGACCUCCUGCUGGACGUCAACGUUCUCAUCGACCUGGACCGCUACAAGGUGAAGCCCGUGCUCGGUUCUCGGGCUCGGAGCGUGGCAGAGAAGAUCCGGGCUACGGAGUACGUUGAGUGCUCGGCUUUGACGCAGAAGAACCUGAAGGAGGCUUUUGAUGCCGCCAUUUUCGCUGCCAUCAAACACAAGGCCAGGAAGGCCAAGAAGACGAGACUGUCGGACAGACGCGCUAAAGCGUUUUCUAAAUGCAGCUGGAAAAAGUUCUUCUGCUUCGUCUGAUCCUGUGGGUCAAACUCUUGUGUAAUUUAUUAUUUAUUGCUUUCGGACGUGACGCGUGUUACGAUCUCUACAUUUUGGCUUGUAGAACACAUCAAAUGCACCAAGAACCGUUUUGGAAUUGUUACAUCAUGACGCACAUGAGGCAAAUUAACGGAGCCACAAGGGGAAGUACCGAGUCGGGGCACCGAGGUUGAUUGUUUUCCUGUAACAGCACUUCCUGAAGCGAUUUCAACUGAAUUAUUUCAAUUACGAUUCAGGAAUCUAUCCCGACUCCUUCGGUGUCCUUAGAGAAAACUACUCCUCGUAGCAAUCAGAGCGAGCGCGUCGAUCCCAUAUGAAGUGAUGCGUAAAAAAUCGACAGCGUAUUAAAAAAAAAAAAAAAUCAUCCAGGAGGAAACUGGAGUAAAAUCUACAGUAUGUAAAUGAUGUGAAUUUGCAUCGUGUGGGAGGGUAAAAGGCUGCAGCCUGGUGUGAGGAGCUGAAAGGGUUAAACCCCGACUCUCAUUGUGUUCGGCGCUAUGUUGUCAGACGGGACUUUUCAUAUGCGAGCUACGGCGUGACCCGUAUUCCUGACGGCUCCUUUUGAACAAUUAAGAGGCGACUUCACGAGUGCAGGAUUGAGUUUGUUCAGCCAAGCAACAUCUCCAGCGAGGUCAUUGUGUUGCUAAUUAAUCUCAGGCCAAUGGGGGAGAUCUUCUCCAGGGCAGAGAUGUUCAGAUCUCCACUCGUUAUUAGUUUAUAAGACUCACUCAAUCACUCACACACACAGAUGUUUGCAAUUAACACUAAUACUGUUAAGUACCAAACACACACACACACACACACACACACACACACACACACACACACACACACACAGUGCCUUUUGGCUUGGAUCCUGGGCUUUACGUCUCUCUCUCUCUCUCUCUCUCUCUCUCUCUCUCUCUCUCUCUCUCUCUCUCUCUCUCUCUCUCUCUCUCUCUUUAUCUCCGAGACCCCGCAUUGAUUUGUCGACUCAGUGUGUGUACAUAUGAUACCGUCGUGUAAAAUAGUGCUGUUUUUUUCUAAAACACUAAACUUUAUGCUUCUUGUGGAAGACUCUUUAAUAACUCUGUUUAUUCUAAACAGUCUGAUUUAAUGCCAUAGGCAAGAAGGACGUAUAACUUUCACUCACGCACACAAACACAUGUAUACAUGACAUUCUGGCAAUCGUUCAUCCAUUCCUCCAUUCUAGUUGUCCGUUUUAUUAUCUCCUUCAUCCCCUCUGGACGUCUUCACCGUGUUUUGUGAGCUGGUUUAAUAAAGUGAAGUAAAAAAUCA